UCUGAACGUGGCUGAAGGAGCACGGGUUAUGUUGACUCGGAAUUUAAAUGUUCAGCAAGGGCUCGUUAAUGGAGCUUUUGGACAACUUGUCAGAGUGAUACGUUCUGAAAAUGACCAACACAUCUUAAAACUUGGACUCAGAAUGGACAACCAGGCGUCUGACAGAAACAAGCGAAGAGGAGCUUCAGAAUCUGAUGAUCUGGUUUAUGUGGAGAGAUUAGAGGACAACCUGAAGCAGAGAGGAGCGAUACGCAGACAGUUUCCUGUGAAGCUGGCCUUCUCAUGCACUGUGCACAAAACCCAGGGCCUUACAACACAAGCAGCUGUGGUCUCACUGAAGAAGAUGUUUGAACCAGGUAUGGCUUAUGUAGCACUUAGCCGUGUAACCUCUCUCAGUGGACUUUAUUUGCUAGAACUGGAUGAGACUAAAUUAUAUGCUAACACUGAAGUCACAGCAGCCCUGCAGACCAUGAGACAGGCCAGUGUGGAAGACAUGAUGCCUCUCCUUCUUCUGAGAGAAACUGUAAGCAGACCUGACACUCUAACCAUUGUUCAUCAUAAUACAGAAGGUUUACCAUCUCACAUCAGUGACCUCAAGAG